GACAGCGGCGUGGCCGCGCCGUGCCGCGCCGCGCCAGCGAGGCCCGCCCAGCCCAGGCCCGGCGGCGGGGAGGGAGGAGGGGGCCUCCGCGCGCUGCCUGCCCCGCGUCGCGCGCCAUGGCGGCCAACGAGGACCAGGAGAUGGAGCUGGAAGCGCUGCGCUCUAUCUACGAGGGAGAUCUGUGCUUCAGGGAGCUUAGCCCGGUUUCUUUCCAGUACAGGAUAGGUGAAAGUGGAGAUCCCAAAGCCUUUCUAAUAGAAGUUUCUUGGCCGGAAACAUAUCCACAAACAGCACCGGUCAUCUCAAUGGAUGCUUUCUUCAACAACACAAUAUCUUCAGCUAUUAAACAAAGUAUAUUGGAUAAGUUAAUGGUAGAAGUUGAAGCGAAUCUUGGAACUGCUAUGACAUAUACACUUUUUGAAUAUGCCAAAGAUAAUAAAGAGUUAUUCAUGGAGAAUCAGCCUGUUAACGCUGUGACUUCAGUAAGCAAUAGUAUUGCAAUUGGAACUCCUGAUGUGCCAGCAAGUAAGAAAAAAGAUAAAAAGGAGCAGUUAUCCAAAACUCAGAAACGAAAACUAGCUGAUAAAACAGAUAACAAAGGGGAGCUUCCGCGAGGAUGGAACUGGGUGGACGUAAUUAAGCAUGUAAGUAUUUUCAAGUUACCUUUUUUUAACAUUAAAAAGAUUUGCAAGAAAUAGUAAGAACUGUUGCUCAUUUUGGAUUCUAUUCUACAUAUUUCUCAAUUGCUUUAAAAUGCUUAGUCCUUCUGAAUAUUAGAGACAGAAGGACUUUGAUUCCUCUUUGAACUUUGUUGGUUUAGUAUUUCUUUUUUAUUUAUUGAGCAAUUAAAUUUUAAUUUUAUGAUGAGAGAGCUUUGGUAGCCAAAUGGACUGCAAAUAUUUUGUCUUCAUAUGGCAACAAGAUGUAAAGUAAAGUUAGUGGUGCUGCCAGGUUCUGGAGGACAGUGGGUAAGUAAGCAGAAAAAAUGAGCUGUCCCAAGUGGGAGCACCUUGCUGUCUUCUACACGCCUGAACAUUCUCUGCCACAACUCCUCCAGUGAAUAAUUCUUUUCUACUUGCUCCCUCAGCAUUGAUUGCUUCCACCCUCUUGUCUUUGCUGAUUCAGUGAAAAUCAGUAUAGCUGCUUGACAAUUUUGAAAGCAAACUAUUUUAUUUUACACAACUAUAAGUAAUUCUCGGUGUAAGACCUAACACCGGUUCCAGUUGUUAAAUAAGAGCAAGUAAAUGAUAAUGGUGGGUUUGGGCAGAGUCAUUCUGAGGUAAAAGUGGCUAUUUGUAGUGGAUGUCUUGGAUUCCAGAUAGAUUUCACGAUAGAAGCACUACAUUUAAUAAUUAUACACUUAGCUUUAAAAAGUGAGAAAUAGUAAGUUAAUGUUUCUUUUUGUAUUGUGUAAAUUUCUAUAUGGGAAUUCUCUCAGAGAUGUGUGGAGAUACUUCUUCCAUUGCUUCAUGUUUUUUAUUUUGGAGAGCUGGUGACGGAGUCUUCAAAUUAAAUAGAAACGGUACCCCAAGGUUUUUCUGGGGUUUUAUGUUGUUGUUUUUUAAAAUCAACUUUCAUGUUCAGGAAAUAAGCUCAUUUAGUGUUUAAGCUUAAGAAAUAAUUUUCGAUGCUUUUCAGUCUUUUGGUAUAGUAGCACAAUCAGCCUGUAUUAUUAAUUAAGUAUACAUGUGUUCUAUGUAAGAUGGAGAUAAUGUUGUUCUUGUUUCCUAAUAAAUGGAAUGGCAGUCUAAACUUUGAAUACUUUCUUUUUGUGUCUCUUUUAUAGUUAAGCAAAACUGGUUCUAAAGAUGAUGAAUAAAGGACUUUGGUACAAGGAAACUCCACCUUUUAAUACAGUGCAAUUUUGGGUCACCAUCUUUCUCUUAAUAACUUCCAUAUUUGUUGAAGUAAACAUUUUAUAAAACUCAAUUUCCUAACUCGCAAACCUAGUCAUAGAAGUUUAUCUAGAGACUAUGUGGUCUUCUUUGGAAAAAAAACCAACAAACUUGCCUUAAAUGAAGGUUAAAAUGUGACAAAGGAUAUAGAGAGCCAAUGUGGUGAAGUGAAUAGUGCUAUAUGCAGUGUUUAUUAAUUUAUAUUUUACUCUGUAGUUAAAAUCCUGUUAUAGUGAACCCAAUGAUACUGUAAACAUUUCCUGAUGUUCUUAUUCCAAUUGAAGAAAAAAGCACUAUAACAGUGAUUGGUCACUUGACAGCAUAAUUCAUCAAAAUAAAUUAUUCCAUGGAAACAAGACCUUUGUCAUUUGUUUAUCUAAUAUGAAUGUAGAAGGAGAACAUAAAAAUUGUUACAUUGCAAUAUAGACUAGAGCUUGUGGUCCCGUUUUCACUAGUUACUGGCUCAAAUAGUAAAUACUAGAGAAAGCAAGGCCAAAUAUUCUAGUCUGCUCAAAAAAGAGUGGUUAUAGCAGGAGUAUGUCUUUAUUCUUUGCGAUAUCCAUCCAUUAGUCUUUCUCCAACGUGCAUCUUUACAGAAGGGUGGAUGUCUGAGGGCAGGGAAAAGUGCUUUCUUGCACAUGUCUCAAUGAGUGUUGGGAUUUUGUGGCUCUUUCAUUGGAGAAAUGGGCCUCCUUGGAGGGGUUUGCUGACUGAGUGGUGGGACAGUGGAAGUCAGCACUCUGCCAAAUGUGCUGGGAGAACUUUUUUUUUUCCUACUCUGCUCUCUUGUAUCAGAAAGAGAAGUCAUCUUUACCAUAUGAACGCUUACUGAAUACAAGAUGCCUUAAUGUCCUUUAUUAUUUUUGUUUGUUUUGAGAUGAACUUUAAUAAAUGCCUAUUUAUCUGC